AUGUUUCCGAUAUCCGACAUAGAGGGCAGCUUUCGCGCCUUUUCGAGGGACGCUAACGCCAUUGUGGUUUUUGCUGUUGCUACUCUUAGUUUAUGCCAGGAUUUUAGUGGUAUCUGAGCAAAAUGACUGAUAUCAGGACUUCAAGCACUCCACCAAAAACAAAAAUAUUUGUUGGCCGGCUCCCAGAAAAUGCCAACCAACAAGAUUUGAGGAAGUUAUUUGAGCAAUAUGGCGUUGUCACUGAGUGUGAUAUUCUUAAUCGUUAUGGUUUUGUGCACAUGAAGACGGAAGAGAUGGCAGCAGAAGCUAUAAAAGCGCUAAAUAAUGCAGAAUUCAUGGGUGUACAGAUCAGUGUUGAGCAAUCAACAGGAAAGAAGAGUGGCAGAGGCAGUUCCUUCAGAGGUGGAUUUGGUCCUGUCCGUGGGAGAGGAGGGUUCAGGGGAGUUGGAAGAGCUAGCCCAUAUAUGAGGGACAGCAGACCUGAUUUUGAAAGACGACCAGGGCUGCCACCACCACCGGGCAUAAGAAAUGGAUUUUAUGAUGGAAUUGAUCGUGGCUAUGAUUCAUAUUAUCCAUCAAGAGGGCCUCCACAUCCAAUGAUGGCAUCUAGAGAUCGGGAGGUGGAAAGGCGUCCUGCUUACCCAGAACCUGGCAGGUCACCAUAUGAACGUCGGUCUUUCUCAGAUGUUGGCCGUAGCCCGUAUGAACGACCAACUUUGCCCCCUGUUGCUUCUUUUGAGCGUCGCACUGAGUAUGGUGCAGCUAGACUUGGCUCUGAUAUUUACCGGAGAAGAACACCACCGCCAGCAUCAAGUUUUGGUACCUCAGGGUAUGAACGUGAGCCACUGGACAUGUAUGGUCCACCCACUCGAAGUUAUGAACGUGAGGGCUUGGAUCCUUAUGGGCCACCAGCCAGACGCUAUCCAUCUGCAGCUCCACUUGACCACGAGUUGCCGCCACACCAUUACUAAACAUUCCUUACUCCAAGAAACUACUUGAGAGAACUGUAAUAUUUUUUGUAAUGAAAUUUCAUGAUCAUCAUGAAUAUGUGAUGUGGUUCAGAGAUUAACAUGAAAAUUUACCUCACAUCAGCUUCAGUUUGUGAAAUUGACAAUCAACUAUGUAAUUGAUUACAUAUAUGGCUGGUACAGUUGUACUUAUAACAUGAAAAAUGACAAUUGAACUGCAUGCAUUGGGUAUACAAUUGUGACACAAUACUAUACAGUAUUCUGUGAUACAAAUAUGUAAAAUUUGUCUUGGCUAAUUUUUAAAAGUUAACAGAUUUUGUACUUUUUCUAGUUUUAUUACAAGUAGACAUGUAGUCUUCCGUUGCUUGUACAAGGACUUUACCACAAGAACAGAAAACAAAUAAAUAUGCCUAUUUUGAACUUUCA